AUGACAGACGCGGAUUCCUUCUACGACAAAUUACUGGCGUCGAUAGGCUUGCCUUCGGACGAGCCUCAUACAUCACUACCGCAAGACUGCGGUCGGAAAUCACAACAGCGAGAACAGAAAACCACGUCGGAGACUCAACAGCACCACCAACCCGAGCCACAUCAAAAGCCGGAAAUAAAGAAACACGAGCCAGUACCGAAACAACAACUAGAACCAAGACGCAACACAAGUAGUAGCAGUAGUAGUAGCGGUGGUUCAACGGCUACACUCUCGCCAAAACUCAAACCCCCACCAAAGCCUUCAACUAGUGCUGCUGAGUUGCGCGAGAAGCUUUCAAGACAAAUUGAAAGACCUCCUCCUCCCCCUCCUCCACGUCUACCUCGUAUUUCUCAUCCACAGUCCCCAGCCCCCGUACCGGUACAAUCACCAAUUGGAGGAGAAGCCUUGCCUGUUUCCCCUGCACCGAUAUCCCCCCAAAUCAAAGAGGAUGAGGUCAAGUCUUCUAAGACACCUGCCGCACUAGAAGCCGAGUUAAGACGUAAACUCUUAGAGAGUGGGGUUCGGAAACGAAAAUCCUCGCCGCUGGUUGAGGGACAGACUGCCAUUGUUGAUGGAAAAGGGAAGCGGCAAAGGGUCACCCCUCCUCCAACUGUUGGCCCAAUUGCAAAUCCUCAGCCCCCUGCACAAAUUGAAUUACCACCGCCACCUCCCCCCAUACAAUUGCUGCCUCGACAGCUGCAAAGAAUGGUGAUGUAG